AAGGUAGAGUUGAAAUAGUUCGUGAGUGGUGAAAAUCUGAAUCUAAUGAUAUAACCCCACUUUUUUCUCAAAAGGUAAUAACGCCCAUUUAUAACCAUUUUCAGUGUUAAUCCACAAAUUCCAACUAUGCUGGGCUUUGGAAAGAAGACAGUUCAUCCUCAGAAUGCUGAAAAACAGGAAACUCUACUCACUCUUUCCAUACUUACAUUAGCGGCAAUACUCUCAUUUGCCACACGGUUAUUCUCCGUCCUUAGGUUUGAAAGUGUCAUUCACGAAUUUGAUCCCUACUUCAACUAUCGUACAACAAAGUAUUUAACUGAGCAAGGAUUUUAUUCAUUCCAUAAUUGGUUUGAUGACAGAGCAUGGUACCCUUUAGGCAGAAUUAUCGGUGGAACCAUAUAUCCUGGUUUGAUGGUCACUUCAGCUGCUUUAUACCACUUAUGCUGGCUGCUUAAUAUUACCAUUGACAUUCGUAAUGUUUGUGUUUUCUUAGCCCCUUUAUUUUCAUCUUUUACCACUAUCAUCACAUAUCUGCUCACAAAAGAAGUGAAAAAUGCAGGAGCUGGUUUAGUUGCUGCUGCAUUUGUAGCCAUAGUACCUGGUUAUAUCAGUAGGUCUGUAGCUGGCAGCUAUGACAAUGAAGGGAUUGCUAUAUUUUGUAUGUUGCUAACUUAUUAUACAUGGAUAAAAGCUGUUAAAACUGGGACAAUUUUGUGGGGAACACUUAGUGCCUUGGCAUAUUUUUACAUGGUGUCAUCAUGGGGUGGUUAUGUAUUUUUGAUUAACCUGAUUCCCCUACAUGUUUUAACUUUGAUGGCAACUGGUAGAUUUGGUCAUCGCAUUUAUGUUGCAUAUAGUACUCUUUAUUGUGUUGGUACUAUUCUAUCUAUGCAAAUAUCUUUUGUUGGGUUUCAACCUGUACAAAGUUCUGAACAUAUGUUGGCACUAGGUGUGUUUGGUUUAUGCCAAAUAGUGGCAUUUGUGGAUUACAUCCGGAGCAAACUUUCAAAAUCAGACUUUGAAACACUGUACACCUUCCUUAUUUAUGCUGGGGGUAUUUUAGCAGUGGCAGUGGGUACAGUUUUGACCCUUUCUGGCAAAAUUUCACCAUGGACUGGUCGAUUUUAUUCUCUUUUGGACCCUUCAUAUGCAAAAAAUCACAUUCCAAUAAUUGCCAGUGUUUCAGAGCAUCAACCUACCUCAUGGAGUUCAUUUUACUUUGACCUACAAAUUUUGGUGUUCCUGUUCCCAGCUGGGUUAUAUUUCUGCUUCAAACAACUAACUGAUGCCAAUAUUUUCAUGAUUUUAUAUGGUAUUACCAGUAUUUAUUUUGCAGGCGUGAUGGUACGUCUUAUGCUAGUCUUGGCCCCGGUAAUGUGCAUCCUCAGUGGUAUCACAAUAUCCCACUUGCUCACAAAAUUCAUGAAAAAUGUAGAGCCGCCGAAUAAACAGGUGGAGCACAAAAAGCACAAAAAACAGGAGGCCAAUAUGAUGCUGAAAAACGAGAUUUCCACGAUGUUCGUGACAGUCGUGACCGUUCUAUUAAUCUCCUACACUUUUCAUUGCACUUGGGUCACUUCAGAAGCUUAUAGCUCGCCUAGUAUUGUUCUAAGUGCUAGAUCACAUGAUGGCGGCAGGAUUAUCUUUGAUGAUUUUAGGGAGGCAUAUUAUUGGCUAAAGAUGAACACUCCCGAAGACGCGCGCAUCAUGUCCUGGUGGGACUACGGCUACCAGAUAACGGCCAUGGCCAACAGGACGAUCCUCGUGGACAACAACACGUGGAACAACACGCACAUCAGCCGAGUGGGACAGGCGAUGGCGAGCAGCGAGGAGAAGGCCUACGAGAUAAUGCGAGAGCUCGAUGUCAAUUAUGUUUUGGUGAUAUUCGGCGGUCUCACCGGGUAUUCGUCAGACGAUAUCAAUAAGUUCCUGUGGAUGGUCAGAAUAGGUGGUAGUACUGACAGGGGAGCCCAUAUCAAGGAAUGGGAUUACUAUUCGCCCAACGGAGAAUUCAGGGUAGACAAAGAGGGUUCUCAAACCCUAUUGAAUUGUCUGAUGUACAAAAUGUGUUAUUAUAGAUUUGGACAAGUCUAUACAGAAGGUGGAAAACCUCCUGGAUACGACCGCGUGAGAGGUGCUGAAAUUGGUAAUAAAGAUUUCGAAUUGGACGUUUUAGAGGAAGCUUAUACUACUGAACAUUGGCUGGUUCGAAUUUACAAAGUGAAAGAUCUGCCCAAUAGAGGGGUGUAAUGUGGUGGAUUUGUGGUUAUUGUUUUUUGUAUUUUUUUUUUGUAAGAUAAGAACAAUAAUGAUUUCAUUUACG